UGCGCUGCCCUGUGCUUUCUGCCCCCUUUCAUCCCCACCAGUCCUCUCCUCUACGGUGGAUUCAUGCUCAGCUCUCGCCCUCCUCGGUCGCCAUGCAGAACAACCACCACAAGGAGCACCUCUAUAAGAUUCUUGUGAUUGGGGACCUCGGGGUCGGCAAGACCAGCAUCAUCAAGCGGUAUGUCCACCACAACUUCAGCCCCAACUACCGAGCCACCAUCGGCGUGGACUUCGCCCUCAAAGUCCUCAACUGGGACCAGGAGACGGUGCGCCUUCAGCUGUGGGACAUCGCAGGUCAGGAGAGGUUUGGCAACAUGACUCGUGUGUACUACCGCGAGGCCAUGGGCGCCUUCAUUGUGUUCGACGUCACGAGGCCCGCCUCCUUCGAGGCCGUGGCUAAAUGGAAGGAGGACUUGGAUUCCAAACUGACACUUGCCAAUGGGAAAAAUGUAGCCACUGUGCUUUUGGCUAAUAAAUGUGACCAGGGCCGGGACGUGCUUACAAAUAACGGAAUAAAGAUGGAGCAGUUCUGCCAGGAGAACGGCUUUGCGGGAUGGUACGAGACAUCUGCCAAGGAAAACAUCAACAUCGACGAAGCAGCGAACUGCCUGGUGAAACACAUCAUCGCCAGCGAGAAAGACCUGCUCCAAUCAGAAGUCCCCGACACCAUCACCCCGCAGUUAGAGAAAGAUAAAGGCGGGACUUGCUCGUCCUGCUUCAGAUCCCAGUAACAGCUCCUGACAACUGGAUCCUCUUUUGUAUCUCAUUUACACACUAAGUCGAGUUUGUCUGUGAGCAAGAGGCAGAGGAGGAACUGCUUUGGCUUGUUGUGAGGAAGGAGGAAGGUAUGGGUGCCAACUUGUCUCCACUCUGGUCACCCGGGGUGCGUGUGUUCAUAUGUGAGGGGGGUUGACAAAGAGGCAGCUGGUCUAAGAAUUGGAUGGAUUGAGUUAGAGAGAAAGAAAGAAAAGUAGGUGGAUGCAGCUGUGUGCGCUUGUGAAAAGACAGGGUCACGCUCUGGGCGACUUCAAACCUUGACACUGCCACUUUGGUUACCAUAGACACACAUGUUACGUAACACAUGCGCAGAGAGAUUGCUGAAAAUCACAGUACAUCUGUUGUAAAGUUCAAUGGAAGUAAUCUCCAUUUAUAAACCGUGGUAGUCUCCUCUUUUUUUCACCCCUCCUUCUCCAUCCUCCAUCUCCACUCUUUCAUUCAGACACAAACAAAUGUUCUUUCAUCAGAAUGAUCUGAAGCAGUUCAGCCUCGGUCCUGAUAACAUUACAGUUAUUUCACAUUGUUUCCUUAGAAGUGGCUUCGAUUUAUUUUACAUGGUCAUUUUUAUGGCUCUGUCCUCUGGGGCCAGUCCUGUUUUCUGUUGUCCAUCUUUUUGGAAUGUACUGGCGUCUUCACUAAUGUAAUGUACAGCAGAUUAUACUGAUGUAAUUAAAGUGCCUUAUCUGAUGCUGCCCUUUUUAUUUAAUGCCUUCAACAGAUAUAUUCACUACAUAUUUAAUUUAUAUGUGUACUUAUGAAGGUAUAUGUAUGAUGACUUUCAUCACUGAUGUAGAAUCCAAAUAAUUACCAUGGCAACAACUUGUAUGACAAACUAAAGAAAAAAAAAACAUGUUUGUUCUGUCAAUUUUAGUUAAAAUUGUUUUAUAUCAAAUUUCUAUUCCACUGUUCAAUAUUUGUAAUAUUUGUAAUUAUGUCACAAAUGCAGAUAUAUAUACAAACAUGUACAUAUUAUAUACAUUAUAAUGAGGCAGGUUAUAGAACCAAUGAUGU